AUGUUCCGCACCCUCCUUCUCACCUCCCUCCUACUCAUUACCGCAAAAGUAAGCCUCUCUCCAACACUUUUCUCCCCAAAACUCACUUUUCCCAGGCCUCAGAGCAUCAUCCCUACCAUGAAGCCCUUCACCAACAUCGCUCUCCAGAUUAUGUUGCCAAUGUAGACAUAGCGAAUGGCUAUGGAGGAGACUAUAGCGCGGAACCACCUUCUACAGGCGUGCGAAAUCAAGAUGAGGACCCGACGAUUUUCUGCGCCCCCAUCCAAAAUUAUAUACCUACGAUGGUGACCGCGAUUCGACAUCAGAUCACCGGCAUCAAGGAUAAGAUGUGUGGUGUGAAAGCCAACUCGUGUGUGUUUAUAGCUUGUGACAAGGGUGCUGUGGAUUGGGAUGCUGGGGGUAUCGAGUUAUGCAAUGAGGUACUCUACUAUUCUCACUCUUCAAGUCAUAUGGGUACACAAUUAACGGUGAAUCCCGUAGAAUUCAAUCUACAUAGACAAUUUCCCAUGUCAUCGACUUGA